GAUUUUUCCUGCUUUUUUAAAGACCUAAACUUUUCAAAAUGGUGUCCUCUGGUCGACAGAUGCUAGGCUUGGUCUUUGCUAUCAUUGGUUUCUUGGGUAGCAUCAUCAUUUGUGCUCUACCUACAUGGAAAGUCACUGCAUUCAUUGGCGCCAAUAUUGUAACUGCUCAGGUUAUUUGGGAAGGCCUCUGGAUGAACUGCGUGACACAAAGUACUGGUCAAAUGCAAUGCAAAGUCUAUGAUUCCCUGCUUGCUUUACCUCAGGAUCUCCAAGCAGCAAGAGCUUUAGUUGUCAUCGCCAUCAUCAUUGGAGUCUUCGGCAUCCUACUUGGGGUUGUUGGCGGAAAAUGCAUCAACUUUGUGGAUGAAGAGAGGCAAAAGUGCAAAGUGGCCAUCGCAUCUGGAAUUGUGUUCAUCAUCGCAGGAGUGAUGGUGUUGAUUGCUGUCUGCUGGACUGCCAAUAACAUCAUUCAGGACUUCUACAACCCAGUCAUGACCAAUGCUCAGAGGAGAGAGUUGGGGACUUUGAAUAUGGCGUCUAUUGGGAUUCAGCUGCUUGCGAGUGUCCUUUGCUUGUUCGGAUGGGCUGGGAUCAUCUUUGCGUGUGCGCUUCCAAUGUGGAGGGUGACUGCUUUUGUGGGGAGCACAAUUGUCACAUCUCAGACUGUAUGGGAGGGCAUCUGGAUGACUUGUGUGGUCCAGAGCACAGGGCAGCUCCAAUGCAAGCCCUACGAUUCCAUGCUCGCACUAACAGCCGAUCUCCAGGCUUCCAGGGCGCUGAUGGUACUCGCUAUCACAACAGGUAGUGCUGGCUUGAUUUUGGCCUUCAUUGGAGGGAAAUGCACAAAAUUUUUGGACAAUGAGGGUCCUGAGACAAAAGGCAAAGUUGCUGUUGCAGCUGGAGCGGUUUUCAUUGGCACCGGAUUGCUUUGUUUGAUACCAACUACAUGGGUAGCUGGUGCAUUGGUGAAGAAGUUCUACAGCGCUGCGAUUGAUGCCCAGAAACGAGAACUUGGGGCUUGCCUCUACAUAGGAUGGGGGUCCGCCAUAUUGCUAAUGCUAGGAGGAAGUUUGUUUAUAACUUCAGCGUGCCCACUCAAGUCCCACAAUUCAGACAAGAACCCUUCGGUGAGAUACCUUGUGGUCCGGUCCUCAAAUGGAUCAAGUCAAGCAGGGUCCCACCACAGGCUACCAUCAGUGCAAAACCAUCCCGUAGGAGCAAUGGCCCGAGUGCAAAGCUACAAAGAACCAACAAGCUGGUCCAAUCAUAUGUAUACCAGACCACAGGCAGAAGAUGGUGAGCCAAUACCAGAAGAGUCGGAGAGGUCUUGGGUGCCAUCAACAAAGUCCCAAAUGAAACAUCCCGGGUCAGUCAAAUCGAACCUAAGCGAGGAAUCAACAAGAAAGUCCCAACUAGAACAAGCCAAGUUAAAGGAGGUGGCAGAGUUGGCCCGAAGUGACAAUGAGGAUGCAUCAACAAAUCCAGCCAAAACAUACUUGUAAUUUUUUUUUUUUUUUACUUAAACAAUGUAUG